UUCCCAGUACCAAAAAAGUAAUUUCCAUUAUCACACAAUUCUAUCAUCCAAGGAAGUAGAAGUCCCUACCACGUUAACUAAUUAUAGCUUUGAAGAAAGCAUAUUUUUCUGUUAUGAUCAACAUUGAUAUAGCUAGCUACACCCUUCUUUCAUCACACAAUCAAAACCAACCCUUAAAUAUAUCUAUCUCUAUAUAUCGAUAUAGAUACAUACAAAUAGAUUGAUCAUUUUAUGAUUCUUUGACUGAUAAAAAAUGGCUUAUUUUGAUGAUGGGUACAUAUGGUCUCAAGACCAAAACAACCAACAUCUUGUAGCUUACCAAGAUUCAGUAAGUUUUUCUGGCUAUGAAACAUAUGGUCUUGAAAAUUAUAAUGCAUACAAUGUUUCUGAAUUUCAUGAGCCUAAAUAUAUAGGUCUUGAUCAUGGUUCUAAUGAUUAUGAUUACGGCAAUGAUUAUGGUCAUAAUUUGUAUUUGACUACUAAUUCUGAGAUUGAUUACUUUGCACAUACGAUUAUGGAGCCUAAGUUAGUUAUGUACCAACCCGUUGAGUGUAAUAUGGGCUACAUUUCGUAUCACACAAAUUAUUCGAUCUCGAAUUCGGAAAUGGAUUCUGGGUUUAAUGAGCCUGAAUUUGAGGACUAUGAUCCAACUCCUUAUGAUGGUGGUUAUGAUAUUGUAUCCGUUUAUGGAAAGCCCCUCCCACCCUCUGAUAAAACUUGCUAUCCGCGUUCUAAACCAAAACCCAUAGAACAAGGUAACGGGCCCAAACCAAAGCCCGGGCCCGAUCCUCACCCUAUGGUUGAGCAAGCUAAACUUGAACCUGAAAAAGAGCAAAAGCCCAAGUCUAGACCUGAGACUAUGCAUGUUCCGGUUCUAAUUCCUGAGCCUGUUCAUACUCCAAUGCCUGUGGUUCAACCUGAUCCCGAGCCCAAACCUAAGCCUGAGCCUGAGCCCGAGCCCGAGCAAGUAUUGGUUCCUUUGCCCGAGCCAUUAGAGGUAAGAGAUAAUGUUGAAAAUGAAAAGGAAGAAUAUGGUUAUCCUGGCUACAGAUAUGAUUAUCCGUGGCCAGAAUAUGGAAAUGGAAUUGGAGUUGGGUAUGAUUAUGGAUACGGGAGACGAGUGGUUCAAAUCCCCCCCUAUGAAUACGAUCCAGAAGUAGUAGACUUGUGUGAAAGUCUUUUUGGAAGUUGGCCUUGUUUGGCUAGGAUGAGAAACCAACAACAAAUGAGUAUUAGUAAUAAUCCGAGAACUACCUGUCCCGAAACAAGACAUUAUAAUCCAUGGGAAGUUUGUGCAAGUUACAUAUUUGGAGGGCAGAACGCAUCUUAUCAUCAAUAGGUGAACAUAACCUACCUGAACUCGGUGGUGUUGAAAGUGGUCUCGCUGAUGGUGAAGGUAAUGGUGCCAACAUCCGCUGUGGAUACGAUGUCAAGUUGUAGAAAACUGACGUGUCGUAACUUACCAUACAUCGUUUAUUGUAAAAUGUUCCCCCUUCUUUGCCUGGAGAACAUUUCAUCACAAGCUUAUCAACAGCUUUUACUAAGCAACUAUCACAUUCAGUUUGGCAUGCAUUGCACACUUCCAUAUAUAUCGCCAACUGAGCUCAAUCCAGUGGUUGUAUUCCCUGAGGCAUAUUUGCGAUAUUCAUCACCCUUAUCAGCUUCACCGUGUAACCUUUCAAACAAAUUCACAGCUGUUUGAUUGAACUGGGCCCCGUUUGAGACAUUAACCGGUUUGUAUGCACAUCUGUUGUUCAUGGUCUCUAAAAGAGUGUCAUUCUAGUAACUAACAAGACAAGUGUCAUAAGUGAUCGUUGCAGCCCUUUGAUUGAUACAAGCUUGUCUUAGUCCGCCUGCUGCAUUUCCUACACAUCGGAUACAAUUGUAAGGAUCAAGGUCACCCUUACAUAGAGCUAUAGCCUUAGCCACAUCCGUACCAUCAUCUAGGCCAACUGAUGAUCUAAAGAACCCAUAUCCUUAUUUGAUUGGGUUAGGGAGGAAAGCGCUUGAUCAAGGUUAUAUACAUAUUUACUGCUUCGUGUAUAGUUUCCAAAUUUUGCACAUUUUGCAAACAGAAAACGAUCUUUGGCGACUGCCAUACCAUAAAAUUUUAAGAAAACAGAAACAAACACCAAAGUUCGCCAACCCAUUACAGCAUUGUCAUCUCUGUUCUUAGUCUAUGUUGAGUCUUUAUUGUCUUUAUCGUUGAUAUGUUGCACUAAUUGUGGAAUCUAUCUAGAUUUUUAUUUUAAAUCCAUAUUAUAUGGCUGUCAA